AUGUUGCGUUACAAUGUACGGACUUCGUUUGUUCGUCUUUCCUCAGGUAAUCUCGCGGAUUUCCGUCGAAUGGUCAAGUAUGGAUUGUUUGCAGCUCUGAAUCUUCUCUACAAAUCUGCUCAGAGAGCCCUUUCCUCUACGGCUAUCCGAAAUUCGGUUUAUGACGACACGGUUUGGAAUAUGCGUUUGACAAAAGAUACAAAAGUCAUCUGUCAAGGGAUAACCGGUCACCAGGGCACCUUUCAUACACAACAAGCAUUAGAUUAUGGGACUAAUUUCGUAGGGGGCGUAUCUCCCGGUAAAGGUGGUAAAACCCACUUGGGACUUCCGGUGUUUAAUUCUGUUGCGGAGGCUGUCCGGGAAGUGAAACCAGAUGCUUCUGCUAUCUACGUCCCUCCCCCUUUCGCUGCAAAUGCCAUUCUAGAAGCCGUUGAAGCCGAAGUCCCGCUGGUCGUGGCGAUAACGGAAGGUAUACCCCAAAAAGAUAUGGUCAAGGUCAUUAAAGCCUUGAAAUCACAAGGAAAGACACGGCUGAUUGGACCUAACUGUCCGGGAAUAAUUGCCCCAGAAGCUUGUAAAAUUGGAAUAAUGCCUGGUCAUAUUCACAAGAAGGGUAGUGUUGGAAUUGUCUCUCGAUCCGGCACUUUGACGUACGAGGCUGUUAAUCAGACUACCCGUGCAAAUCUUGGACAGACAUUGUGUGUAGGCAUUGGAGGGGAUCCCUUUAAUGGCACUAACUUUGUCAAUUGUUUGAGGCUCUUUUUGGAUGACGACAACACUAAGGGUAUUAUAUUGAUCGGGGAGAUUGGUGGAUCAGCAGAGGAGGAGGCGUCUGAAUUCUUAAAGCAGCAUAACCUCACCCGUAGCCAACCAAAACCAGUGGUCGCAUUUAUUGCCGGAUUGACAGCACCGCCAGGUCGACGCAUGGGCCACGCAGGCGCAAUCAUCGCUGGUGGCAAGGGUGCCGCGCCCGAUAAGAUUAAAGCUCUUGAGAGUGCUGGGGUGAUAGUAUCAAAGAGUCCGGCGAAAAUGGGCACCCUUCUAAGAGAGGAAAUGGAAAGGUUAGGACUCCAUGAAUAG